CCCAAAGCAUCAGUCGAUUAGCGAUCGCGCCGCGUUCAUGACUUGUCCAUCGAGAGGAGCCAAACACCACCAUUGAUUGCUUGCUUGCUGGUCGAUGAUAUAUUGAAAUCGAGAGUAUCGUGUGUACAGGUGCUUCGCGUAUAGUCAGUGCACCUAACGUGUCGUGGUAACGCAGUGUAACGUAGGAUUUCCCAGUAGUGAGUGAAAAUCCGCAUUUUUUUUUCAUUCGAGUGAUCGGUAGUGGUGGGCGUUGAAUUUUGUCUGAAGGCGAGAAGAACGAAGAAAAGUGUGUACAGAGUCUCAAACUAGUUUGCAUCACGUAAACACGGAGGACAGUAUUGAUUGGCUGGUGCUGUUGCCGUGCGGUGUGUCGUUAUCCCGGAUAAGGAGAUGGUCCUCAGUGAAAGUCAACUGGCGCUAUGUACAGUUUUCACAUUGUAUUUAGGUGGUCUCCCUCUGAUGUACUCGCCGGCCCCGCGAGGUGACUGUGAAAACUGCUGCCCCAUCCGGGAGCCGAAAGAUAUUCAGUUUUUCCUGUUCACGAGGGAAAAUCGCGACAAAGGAGACGUGCUGUACGUUUCCGACAAGAAGCACCUGAGGAAAUCCCACCUGAACAGGACCAAUCCGAUGGUAAUCUAUAUGCAUGGCUUCUCGGAACGGGCCCCGGGAGGCGACGGCGAAAGCAGCAAACAGAUGCGGGACGCUCUCCUGAAUGCCGGGGACUACAACGUGGUGCUGGUGGAUUGGAGCCCCCUUACGGCGCUGCCUUGGUACGUGAAUUCCGUCCAGAAUGGGCCACGAGUUGGGCGGUACAUUGCACGGUUCAUCCGAUUCUUGGUGCUAUCGAAUUUCCCGCUGAAGCAAAUUCACCUGAUCGGGUUCAGUCUGGGAGCGGAAGUGGCUGGAUUCGCGGGGAAAACCCUCAACGAGUGGGGAAUGAAACUGCCGAGGAUAACGGGUCUGGACCCCGCGUUUCCGCUGUACGUAUUUGAAAAAGCCUCGCAACGGCUGAGCCCGAACGAUGCUGAAUUUGUGGAUGUCAUUCAUACUGACGGAGGCCUAUUGGGAUAUCCAUGGCCGCUUGGUCAUGUAGAUUUCUAUCCCAACGGGGGAGUUCCGCUGCAGCCAGGAUGUGCCCAGCAGGAAUUGUCCAAGAAUCGAUGGUUGGGAGUGAUAAUCGGAUGCAGCCAUGCCCGUGCCUGGCAAUACUUUGCUGAAUCGCUGACCAGACCCAGAGCGUUUUUGUGUGAUAGGUGCGAACACAACGAUGACAAUGUUACGGAUAGCAAUUGCACCAUGACAAAGGAGGUUUAUAUGGGCAUGGAUACCGACAGGGCACUUCGAGGGAAGUUCUAUUUAACGACGAAUCCAGAGCCACCGUUCGGUAGGAACUUGCCAAUCGAUUGACACUUUUUCUAGUUUUAUAGAAAUAUCGAAAACCUCCUUCUGUAAAUAGUAGUGUUAGGUAGAAUUUUGAAAUUCACUAUGUACAAUGAUUGUGAUUAGAUUUUUAUGCUAAUA